CGGGUCCAUUUCCACUCUCAACCAAGCAUCCUUGAUUUAUCAUUUCCUGAGUUCGCAGCACCACUUCCUUCCGAUACGACCAUGUGCGUUACCAACACUACCCACCGUCGCCCGCAGCCAAUCUCUCUGGCACCGAGCCAGUACGGGGCUUGCCCCAGCAUGCUUUCGCAGCGACUGUUGGGUUCGUACGCCGCGGCCACCGUGAGCGCUCCGGCAUCCCCGUCUCCGGCAGCUCCUCAGUACUACGCCACAACGAUUGUGACGGAAAAGCCUCGUCCCAAACGUCGUCGCAAGCCUCAGAAACCGGGCAAGACGGCCAAAAUGAAUGAACGCCACUUCGUCAAGCACAAUUAUCACGAUCACGCCAUGGAUACCGUGGAUGAUAUGGACGAUCACGCUGCGGAAGAACAGCAGCCCGAGGACGCCAGCCUACGCCGACGGGGCGGUGUCUCGGUUGCCUUCCCGCUCAAGCUGCACGCUGUGCUUGAUCAGGUGGAGGCGGAUGGACUAGCGCACGUGAUCUCGUGGCAGCCCCACGGACGAUGCUUUGUCGUUCACGAACCCAAAAAGUUUGUCGAUCACGUUAUGCCCAAAUACUUUCGUCAGACCAAGCUUACAUCCUUUCAGCGCCAGCUGAAUCUCUACGGUUUUUGCCGUCUAACCCGCGGCAACGAUUCCGGCGGCUACUAUCAUGAGCUGUUCCUGCGUAACAAGGUGUUUCUGUGCCAAAAGAUGAUCCGCACCAAGGUCAAGGGAACCCGCUUUAAGGCGGCUUCUAGCCCCGACCAGGAACCAGACUUUUACACCAUGCCUCCGGUAGCCGUGACCCCCGCGAACACGAGUGACGAAGAAAGUUCCUUUGAUUCGGGAAGUCGCGAAAGUGUGUCGUCUCUCCCUACCCAACCAACGACAAUGCCCUCUUUUGAUAUGUUUGCGACGAACUAUGCCGCUGUGCCGCAAAACAUUUCGCACGCGGUUCAAUCGUUCGAGCCCCGCGGUGCGUUUGCGCCUUUGUGCUUGCCGCAAGCCGACGACGCGGACCGAGUCCUCGACGAAGCCGUGGAGGAACUCUUCUUGAACGAAGCCAUUGCUAGUGACAGCCUCGACGACUUUGUCCAUGAUUGGGAUCCGUCCAACGAAGGGAACGAGGCCUACCUGGAUUCUUUACAAGACGACUGCCAGUUGGGUAUGAUGCUGGAACGACUACUUGAGGACUAACUCAUACACCUCGUUACUGCCGCUGUUGUACACUCGCACCCCCUUCCUCCAUUAAACUAUAUUUACUGUAAAAACACUCUUUUACCAUGGUCG